AUGACCAUGGCCCGGGCGCUGGCGGGUCUGGCCGCGGACUUGCAGGUCCCGCGGGCCGUGCCCAGCCCGGACUCGGACUCGGACACCGACUCGGAGGGCCCGAAUGCCCGGCGCGGCGCCGGAGGCCUGCUGCGUGCCCAGGUCAUCCACAGCGGACACUUCAUGGUGUCGUCGCCGCACAGCGACUCACUGACCCGGCGGCGGGACCAGGAGGGACCGGUCGGGCUCUCCGACUUCGGGCCGCGCAGCAUCGAUCCCACCCUCACCCGUCUCUUCGAGUGCUUGAGUCUAGCCUACAGUGGCAAGCUGGUCUCUCCCAAGUGGAAGAAUUUCAAAGGCCUCAAGUUGCUCUGCCGAGACAAGAUCCGCCUCAACAACGCCAUCUGGAGGGCCUGGUACAUCCAGUAUGUGCAGCGGAGGAAGAGCCCCGUGUGUGGUUUCGUGACUCCCCUGCAGGGUCCGGAGGCAGAUGAGCACCGAAAACCAGAGGCCGUGGUCCUGGAGGGCAAUUAUUGGAAGAGGCGCAUCGAGGUGGUGAUGCGCGAGUACCACAAGUGGCGCAUCUACUACAAGAAGCGGCUCCGUAAGUCCAGCCGGGAAGGAGACCUCCUCGCCCCCAAGCAGGUGGAAGUGGGGUGGCCGCCGGGGGAGCGAUGGUGCGAACAGCUCUUCUCCAGCGUGGUGCCUGUGCUGCUGGGAGGCCCCGAGGAGGAGCCCGGCGGCCGGCAGCUGCUGGGCCUCGACUGCUUUCUAUCCGACAUCUCCGAUACGCUCUUUACCAUGACCCAGCCGAGGCCCUCUCCCCUGCAGCUGCCCCCGGAGGAGGCCUACGUGGGUAAUGCUGACAUGAUUCAGCCGGACCUGACACCCCUACAGCCCAGUCUGGAUGACUUCAUGGAAAUCUCAGAUCUCUUCACCAACUACCGGCCCCCUCACACACCUGCACCCCCGACCUUCCCGGAGCCCCCCAACUUUAUCCCCAUGGCCGACUCCCUCUUCAGCAGUGGGAUCCUGACCUCUGACGUGCCCUCAGCCUCCGCCUCUGCCUCCACGGGUCUGACUCACCUCCCGGGACACAGCCGCCUGCAGGCUCGGAGCAGCUGCCCCUUGGAGCCCAAUGCCUUCCUGAGCUCCGAUUUCCUCCUUCCUGAAGACUCCAAGCCCAAGCUCCCGCCCCAUCCUGCAACCUCACCUCUCCUCCAAUGCCCCAGCCUCGCCAAGGUGCAUGGCCUGGAGCCCUGCACCCCAGCCCCCUUCUCAGCCCUGACGCCCUCACCAGUGGUGACAGCGGCUCUGUUGCAGGAAGAGCCUGUCUUUUCUCCCAGGUUCCCUUUCCCAACCGCCCCUCCGGUCCCUCCGGCCCCAGGUCUGUCCUCACUGCCCACUCCCGCCCCUUUUCCUCCCACUUCACAGCAGGUGCCAGGCCCCACCUCCAGCCCCUUCCCCCUGGACCACCUCCCCUCUGGGUAUUCUGAGUCAGGCUUCGGGCCUCACUUCGCGGUACCCCAAGGUGUGUGUUCCCAAGGCAAGCCCCCCACUGCACCCCUCAGAGGACAGAGAGUCAGCCCCCCAACCCUGGCCCUUGCCACAGCUGGCCCCACAGUCACUGCCACUGCCAGAAGUAACAACCCCUGCCUGACACAGCUGCUUACUGCUGCAGCCAAGCCUGAGCAUGCUCUGGAGCCACCACUGGCCCCCAGUGCCCUCCUGCGACCCCCAGAAUCCCCGCAGGAGCCGGCGCCUGAAUACCCCUGCACCUUCUUUCCUCCGGUGCUGACCCCAGCACCGCCCAGACCAACACCAGGCCCCACCAGCCUGGCCCCUCCCAGGCCCCUGCUGGUCCCCAAAGUGGAACGACUCUCACCCCCAGCACCCAGCGGUACCGAGCGUCGGCCCUCGGGGGAGCUCCACUCAGCGCCUGGACCUGCGGCCUUGAGCAUCCUUGUCUCACCUGCUCCACCCAUCCUGAGCCGCGGCCGACCUGACAACAAGACCGAGAACCGGCGCAUCACGCACAUCUCAGCCGAACAGAAGCGGCGCUUUAAUAUCAAGCUGGGCUUUGACACUCUCCAUGGCUUAGUGAGCACACUCAGCGCCCAGCCGAGCAUCAAGGUGAGCAAGGCCACGACGCUGCAGAAGACGGCCGAGUACAUUGCAGUCCUGCAGCAGGAGCGCGCCGCCAUGCAGGAGGAAGCCCAGCAGCUGCGCGACGAGAUCGAGGAGCUCAACGCUGCCAUCAACCUGUGCCAGCAGCAGCUGCCGGCCACCGGGGUGCCCAUCACGCACCAGCGUUUCGACCAGAUGCGGGAUAUGUUCGAGGACUACGUUCGCACCCGUACGCUGCACAACUGGAAGUUCUGGGUGUUCAGCAUCCUUAUCCGCCCACUAUUCGAGUCCUUCAAUGGCAUGGUGUCCACGGCCAGCUUGCACAGCCUCCGUCAGACCUCGCUGGCCUGGCUGGAUCAGUACUGCUCCCUGCCGGCUCUGCGGCCCACCGUACUGAACUCCCUCCGCCAGUUGAGCACGUCCACCUGUAUCCUGACCGACCCAGGCCGCAUCCCUGAGCAAGCCACGCGGGCCGUCACCGAGGGCACCCCUGGCAAACCGCUGUAGCCCUGCCUGGCCAGACCCUGCUGCCCCAGGACCCUGCCUGUGCUCUCCCCCCAUCCAUCCUGAGGAUCUGGCCAGAUCCGCGUCUCACCCCGGCAUGCCGCCUACCAGGACCUCCGCUUUACGAUGGACAAAAUGGACACAGGGAGGCUUUGAGCAGCUGAUGUACCUAAGGCUUGGCACCCACCGUGACAUAAUCAGGGCCUACACUGGCAGCUCGGAAGGAGGAGGGGCCAGCUUCUGUGUCAGCGCACCGCCCCCCUCCCCUGCUCCCCCUAUACUGGGAAGGGGCU